AUGUACGCUUCUGGAAAUCCUAUUUUUCUAGACCCGAAUUACCAUGAGCAAGAGAUCUUCCUACGCUCUACCGCUCUGCCAAGAGCAAUUUCCUCCGCUCAAGCCGAUAUGUCAGGAUUUUUUCCAAAUCUCGGGAAUGGUAGCUUACCGGCACCCUCCUACCGAGGCCGCAUCCCGAUCCACACGUUUCCGGUCAAAACUGACCCGGCUUUUGUACCCUCCUGCCCGAAUUACGAUAUUAAACAGCAAGAAUAUAUUGACUCGAUGCGAUCGGAAGUGAUGCGGAAAUUUGGGCACCUGAUUGAUCUUAUCUACAACAAAACCGGGCUGAACGUGACAUUGAACAGCUUUGACCCUUAUAAUAUUUACGAUUUGUUGCAUAUACAGAGAGAUAUCUACCACCUUACUGUGCCCGACUGGGUAACUCCGCAGGUGAUGUACGACCUGAAGCAGUUCAGUAUCUGGAGGAUCAGUACGAUGGUUGGAUUUGGGAGUCCACCAUCUACGGAAAUUGUUCGAUUUAAAGGCGAAAUGCUCAAAGAAAUCCUGCAACGCUUUGAAGACAAACUGGCUUGUCUCCAGAAUCCCCAGACCCCGGAUGCAAAUUGCUCGUUCCUGGGCCCGCUGAAGUUUUAUGCGUAUUCCUCGCAUGACACGACUGUAUGUAGCGUAUUGGCAUCUUUAGGCAGCUAUCCGGCAAUACCAGGUAAAGAU